CCCCACCACCUAGAACUAACCCCCUUCCUCUGGAUUCACUUGUUGGAUCCGGAAGGAUCUGAUCGCCUCCCGCUCCUUCACAGCCGCUGAUUGCCAUCCUGCCCCUUGCCGCAUCUUUGAUCCACCUCCAAGGACCAUCAAGGUUUCGAGGGAGGGUUUGGGCCCCGGAUCCCUCUCUUUCGCAGCAGUUGUGAAGCAAGGUUUGGCGAUGUCUGAUCAUAGGAAUGCUGGUGCGGGAGCUGGCACUGGCGGCCCUUCGAAGGCUGCCACGCAGAGAGCCAGUUCGCAAGGAGGGAGUAGGCAGCCAUCUGUCCCAACCUCGAAGGAUCUGGCGCCGGCACAAAAACCUACCAGAUCCACAGCCUCUACGGCUGCCUCAUCCCAGGUACAAUCUUCUCAGUCAGUGGAGGUGGAGAUGGAACAAGUCCUAGAUCCUCGAUAUAAGGACAUGAUCUAUUUCAACUGUGGAGGCCCAGGACAUUAUGUUGGAAAUUGUAUCAAGCCAAAAACAUGCUUUAUCUGUCAGCAGAAUCACAACGUGAACAAUUGUGCGGCAUGGACUAGGGUUCAACCAACCGUUGCCUAUUUUGGUAGUGGAGCAAAUGGUCUUGGUUUCUACCAUGUAGAUGUCCCUGUUGCAAAUGAAUCCAACUGGCUGAACUUUCAAAACUGUGUUGUAGUUAAUAUUCUUAAAGGUGAUGUGGACAAAGAGAUUUUGCUGAGUCUUCUGACUGCUACUUUCUGCGACAGUGGCCUUGGCAUAUUAGGGGCUUGUCUAGUAAGACAUUCCUAGUGAGAUUUCCUCCUUGGAGAAAAGUUGAAGAUCUUAUUGAAUUGCCUAUUUUUUCUCUGCCUCAGGAUGUGUCUGUUACACUAACUGAAUGGAAAGGGGCAUGUGAACCUUUAGGAAAACUUAUUGAGGCUUGGGUUUUAACUGAAGGAAUCCCUCCUAAGUGGUGCACAUGGAAAGUUUUUUGCUCAGAUUGCUUCUUUGUUUGGAGUGCUCACUGAUGUGGACUGGAAUGGUAUGUUUAGGACUCUUUGAGAAUGUUAGAAUCAAAAUUGCCUGCAGGGAUCCUACAAAAAUUCCAUUUGAGAGACUUAUUGAGAUGAAGAAGAAGUUAUUUUUACUGGGAUUCACUGUUGAGGGCUUUGAGCAAGUGGGUGGUGUUGAUUCUGUCAUUGACAUUGAGGAUGAUGAGGAUAUGGAAGGUGAAGGUGCAGCUAAGGGACAGGAAGAUGUAAGUGGGAAUGCUCAGAAGGAUGGCUUAUCUGAUGACUUGUUAGAUAGUGAGGAGGCAAGUGAUGAGCUUGAUAAGGCUAAUCUGGCUAAGCAAGAUAAGAACAAACAGAAAGGGCAUCAGGCUGGCAUGUUUUGCUCUGAUUCUGAGCAUGAAAACUUCAUUCUGGAGUGUGCUGUUGCUGAUAAGGAUGAGCAAACUGUAGAUGGGAAAGGGAUCAAAUCUGGAGAUGUGUAUCCUUCUGGAUCUUUAAACCUCACCCCAGCAAAAACCCUUUUGGGGUAUGCUGGUGGGAUACACAAAUCUGAUGGUAAGAUUGAGAGUAUGGAGUAUUGUGAGAGCAUCCUUAGAUCUGUAGACUUUUGUGAGUCUGAUGAAGAUGAAUCCAAGAGUGAUGAUCUAGAAACUCUUCCUUCUGAAGCUGUCCAGGCCAUACAAAAUAUCUCUUUGAAGAGAUCACCGCUGGAAACCCAUGACCAUUAUCAGGAUCAAGGGCUUGUCAAUGAGAAAAACAAAUGGGGGCCGGUGCUGACUCGGAAACCUGCUACUAGGGGGCAUAGUAAUGUGAAUGUUAUGGAGAAAGCUGCAACUUACAAGAGGAAGCAGAACUUGGAAAUUCCUAAAACCUUCAAAGGGGCGAAGAUGGCGAGAUAUGCGAUGUGUGUUGGAUUGGGGGCAACAAUCAGGCAGUGGAAGAUCUUAUGUUCAGAGGUCCAGGGUGCUCUACUUCUCCGGUGCUUAAGGCUUUUGGAUCGUCGAAGAGGGGAAUUGCUUAGAAUCGCCUGGAUUAGCUGAGAAAUGAAACAUAUAUUAGUCUAUCUACCUUUCAAUGAAACUCUCUGUGAGAGAUGUAAUAGGGCAGUAGCUUUAAGACCCUGAUGUGUGUUCUGUGGCAGCUACUUUUGGCUGUGGCCGAGAGUUGUUAAACAGUAUGGUUAUGCUGUGGUUGCCUUGGCUUUAAUAAAA